UUCGCCCGCGAAAUCCAACCGGAGUUACUGGGUGUGGUAAUGAGCACGGUGUACGAUGCACCCUCGAAAACGCAGUCUCUUAUUCCAUUCAUUGCAUCUAAGAUCAAGACAGGGAAAUCCCUAGGAGGUCUUACCGUAGUCCGAAGCACAGGGGAGUGAAGUCCCCGAAGAGAGCGACACCAGCGAGGCAUGUCGUUUCAAAUCCCGAAAUUGGACUCAUUUGUCCCCCAAAGUUCCAGAAAACGACAAAACCAGCCAUCCCCAUCUCCCAGAUUUCAGUUGCUGACGUGGCAUUAACCGGCAGAAAAAACAGUUAGCUCCUCUCGGAAGAGAGACCCCUUCGCGUGUUACCAAAAUUUCAAACGAACCUCGGUGAAUUCGAGUUCAGAAAGGAGAAAAACCCAAGGCAUUGUCUCUUGCCACCGCAACAUCCACACCGCAACCUCUCCUUCUUCCAAUUCCCUACGCCGCGGUUCCAACGAGCCCGACUUCUCCUCAAACGGUUAGGUUUUUCUCGUUGUCCGAGGAUUCCUCGCAAUGUCGCUGGUUUCGGUUCCCGUUGCGUUGUUUCCUUUCGCAUUCGCGACACCGAGGCCUCUCUGUUAGAGGGAAUCCGAGGAAUUCCGAGGUUUCGGUGGUAAGCGCGUUUUCUAGGGUUUUCUUUCGAGCUGAAAGUGGUGACCGGAGGAGAAUUUCUCUGCGGUCCUAUGAACUCUGCGGUGUGGUUGAGCUAUGGGGUAGAUGUGAGUAGCUUCUCUUGGUUAAUUUGAAAGCGCUGAAUCGGGUUUCAUGGGGAGGGGUUGGACGUUGCUUUAUGGUAUAUGUUUUGUUUUGGUUCGUUGUUCAAAUGGGUGUUGGUUCCAUUCUUGGGAAGCGCCUCUUAUUGCAACUUGAAUGGCUGAUCCUCAGAAAACUGCUCUUGGCGAGAGAGAUAUCGAGCAGGCACUUACAUUUCUUAAGAAAGGCUCGUAUCUUCUAAAGUACGGGCGAAGAGGGAAGCCGAAGUUCUGCCCAUUUAGGCUUUCCAAUGAUGAGUCUCUACUGUUAUGGUACUCUGGCAAGGAAGAGAAACAGCUUAAGCUUGGUACAGUUUCAAGGAUCAUUCCAGGGCAGAGAACUGCAACAUUUCAGCGGUAUCCACGACCUGAGAAGGAAUAUCAAUCAUUUUCUCUUAUAUACAAUGACAGAUCCUUGGAUUUGAUAUGCAAGGACAAAGAAGAAGCUGAAAUCUGGUUUAUUGGUCUUAAGGCAUUAGUUACUCGAGGGAACAGUCACAAGUGGAGAUUUGAGUCAAGAACUGAUGACAGUCAGUGUUCUGAUAGUCCAAAAUCUAGCACACGAAAAUCCACUCCUUCAAAUACACCAUUUUCUGACCCUGGAGAUGGCGGUGGAGCUGCUUUUGAUGUGAAAAAUAGAUGGGUUAAGGCUUUCUCUGAAAUAAUUUCGUUCAAUGCAGCUAGCAAGGGUUCCAGUCAAGCUGAAUCUAUUGCAAAUUCCUCUUUAUCCUCUGGAUCUGCAGAUAACUCAAGCAAUCGAAAUUCUUCAUCUGAGGCAUUUCGAGUUAGUUUGUCUAGUGCUGUAAGUUCCUCCAGUCAGGGUUCUUAUCAUGAAGAUUUUGAUUCCCUAAGUGAUAUUUUUAUUUGGGGAGAAGGUAUUGGCAAUGGAAUUCUUGGUGGUGGUGUACAUAGAGUUGGAGCCUUGUCUAGUUCUGAGAUGGAUGCUUUCCUCCCCAAGGCAUUGGAAUCAAAGUUAGUUCUAGAUGUUCAAAGUAUUAGUUGUGGCUACAGACAUGCUGUUCUGGUUACCAAGCAGGGAGAGAUAUUUAGUUGGGGAGAGGAGUCAGGAGGUAGGCUUGGACAUGGUGUAGAAAUGGAUGUUCAUCACCCUAAACUUGUUGAAGCUCUUGGUGGCUUGAAUAUUGAGUUAGUAGCAUGUGGAGAAUAUCAUACAUGCGCUGUUACUUAUUCUGGGGAUCUUUAUACAUGGGGUGAUGGUGCUCACAAUUCUGGCAUGCUUGGACAUGGAAUUGAAGCCACUCACUGGAUUCCUAAGAAAGUAAGUGGUAAUUUGGAGGGUUUACGUGUAUCUUAUGUGUCCUGUGGACCUUGGCACACAGCUAUUGUUACAUCAGCUGGGCAAUUGUUCACAUUUGGCGAUGGAACUUUUGGUGCCUUAGGACACGGAAAUCAUAGUAGUGCAACUAUUCCUCAGGAAGUGGAAACUUUGAGAGGGUUUAGAACAACCAGGGUUGCUUGUGGUGUUUGGCACACUGCUGCAGUUGUGGAGGUGAUAACCGAGUCUGUGGAAUCUUCUACAAGCUCAUCUUGUAAAAGACUGUACACGUGGGGUGAUGGAGACAAAGGCCAACUUGGACAUGCUGAUAAGAAACCUAGACUAGUUCCUGAGUGUGUAAUUGCAUUGAGUACUGAAAACAUUAGCCAGGUGGCUUGUGGCCACAGUCUUACAAUUGCUUUGACAACAUCAGGACGUGUAUAUACAGUAGGAAGCACUGCUUAUGGGCAACUUGGCUGUCCUGCAUCCGAUGGAAAAGUCCCUACAUGUGUUAAAAUUGCUGACAGUUUUGUAGAAGAUAUUGCCUGUGGUUCAUAUCAUGUUGCAGUCUUGACUUCCAAGGCAGAGGUUUACACAUGGGGAAAGGGUUUGAAUGGGCAAUUAGGUCAUGGAGACAAUGAUCACAGGAAUAAACCCACACUUGUUGAGUUUUUAAAAGAUAAACAAGUGAAAAGUGUUUUUUGUGGUUCAAACUUUACCCUUGCUGUAUGUCUUCAUAAAUGGAUCCCAAGUGUUGAUCAUUCUACAUGUUUUGGAUGUCGUAAUUCAUUUAAUUUCAGAAGAAAACGUCAUAAUUGUUACAAUUGUGGACUUGUGUUUUGCAAAUCUUGCACCAGCAAGAAAUCUUUAAAAGCUUCCCUUGCUCCCAAUGCUAGUAAGCUGUAUCGAGUUUGUGAGGACUGUUAUCUCAAACUUAAAAAAUCUUCUGAAUCAGUACCCUUGGUGCAAACUCCUAGCUUGAGAAGUGUAAGUUUGCAAGAGAACAGAACCACUAAAAUACAGGGAACACUAUUGAGGCUUUCAUCUUUUGGUUCUAUUCUUCAUACAGUAAGUGGUCAAUCGAAGCUUCCAGAUUCACAAGAUAUUCAUCGUUCCCCGGCUUCAAAUGGAAAAUUAGAGAUGAGGGGUUUUGCUUCUUCAAAAUCAUCAAAUUCUGUUUUUGUGGAUUCUAAGAAACACAUUUCAUUUUCUGAGCCUGCUGCAAGAAUAUCUUGUCAAUCAACAUCUCCAGUUUCAUCAAAGUCAAGUCCAAGAGAAUUGUAUGAAGAUAUAAAUGAUGAUUUAAAGCACAGAAAUGAUAUUUUAAGUCAAGAAGUUAUAAGUUUAAGGACUCAGGUUGAAGAUCUUACUCGAAAAUCGAAAAGUUUAGAGGCUGAACUUGAGAGAACAUCAAAGCAAUUGAAGGAAGUGACUACAGUAGCUGCAGAUGAAGCUGGAAAGUGUAAAUCAGCAAAAGAGGUCAUAAAAUCAUUGACUGCACAGUUAAAGGAAAUGGUGGAAAGGCUGCCAGAAGGACACAAUGCUGACUCCAGUACAGAGCUCUGUGCUGAAACCACUAAAAAUAUUCUAGAUCAUUCCUUGGAUGUGAGCCAUAUAAGAAACACUAUCAUGCUAAAAAAUGAAGGCAGCAGCAAUGUAGCAAAUCUGAUAUUACCUAAUGGUGCCAAAACACAAAGUGGAAAGGCAGAGUGGGUAGUGCAAGAUGAACCAGGUGUGUUCGUAAGUUUGUCUCCCCAGCCAGGUGGUGGUAAUGAGCUUAAGCGCGUUCGCUUCAGUCGAAAGCAUUUUACAGAAGAAGAAGCUGAGAAGUGGUGGACGGAAAAUGGAAGCAAAAUAUUGGAGCGGCACAAUAUAGUUGCUUUAUAGAAUAUGCAAGAGAAUCUUUCUCCCGAAGCAAAAACUUAUCCUUAUUCUGUGACGCUAUGCAAACAGUAAAUUCUUUUCCCUUCUCCCUCUUCCAAAAUUAACAAGGAUAUUCUCCAAAAUUGACAGGUAGAAUACAGAAUUAUGGGGAAAAAAACCACAGGAGGAAACUUGUAACUUUCCAGAAAAAUGCUCCUACAACCUCCCUCCCCUCAGCCAAAGAAAGAAAAAAGGAAAAAAGGAAAAUAGCGGAAAAAAAAAUUCUUUACUUAACUCACUGACAGUUGUGAUGCAAUUCAGCUGUUUUAUUUUUGGUACAACUGCGUGUAUGUUUACUUGCAGCUGAGGAUUCUUUUGUUCAGUUUCUUUUUGCCUAUUGUAUAGCAACUUCUCUUGCCAACCUAGUGAUUUUUUGCUCUGCAUUUUGUCAAUACACCCACUUCAUUUGGAGCAUUGCAAGGCACUGCACUUGACAUCCAUGGCUGUAUGCGCGGUUAGUCGUUGGUCCCUUUUUACCAUUCUGAUAUUCAAUACCUUUUCAAAGGUACAGACGGGGAUGGUAUUUAAAUUUGGCUAGGUAUCCUCAGUAAAAUACGGAUAUGUA